AUGACUCGGAAUAAUCUGGCCGAUCAACUAUCCUGGCUGUUAACCAACGUCGCAUUAGUGUCGAAACCGCCCAUCCAACGAUUUCCUCCUGUCGGCGACUAUUUAUCCGAUAAUUCUUCCCAAACUGUCGAGAAAUCGAGCAACCCGUCAAUUGUUGGUCCGGAUACCAGUUUGCGGUGCCGGAAUUCGGGGUCAGACGAUGCUCUUUACUUGACUGGAUGGGCGGAGGAUUCCGUGGACACGCCGCGCGUAGUAGAGGCAGACGACGACAGCAGCAUGGUCCGCUUCACCUCAACCACAAAAAACAAUAGACCGUCUUUGGUUUCCCAACCUCGUGACCCCCUUCCAACUCCAUCCGCUACUUGUGCUGCGAAGCCAAAAUUACUAUCAAGCACCGGGACAGCGGAUUCAGAUGCUGGACUCGUUACACCAAAGUCCAAGCGGAAGCUUUCACCAGCCAAAUCAAGCACUGUUCGCGUCGCUGUGUCUCCAAUUCCUAGUCUUGAUCUCACAGACUUCGACGCUGAUGAAUUGGAGUGCAUGGACCUGACGAAAGAUGUGACUGAUCUGGCCGUUCCACUGGAUCAGAAUGAUGAUGUUCAAAUUUGGGAUGCAAAAAGUCACUUGUGGUCGCCCCUUCCUGCCAAAAGCAGCAGGAAGAGGAAAAGCAAUGAUUUAGCCCUAAGCGAGGCAGCUCAUAGAGAAAGCUUCCCUGAUGUCUACGAUAUUUUAGGGAUAGAACCUGCCUCGUCGACACCCGCGAAUCAAUCAUCUUCACGCAAAGCGGGUGCUCCAAGCACAGCCAGGUCAAGACGCAAGCGAGUGAUUCACCAAACAUCGGACGACUUGCUGAGAGAUCUACGAAGCGACCCUUCGGAUGAGGUCACUGUUGGCAUGUCAUCACCGACGAGAACGGUGGCAGAGCGUCGAGAUGUCUCACUGAUGACCCCGAGCAACGAUCAUAAACUGUGCCAGAGAACAGAUAGCGGUACCAAGAAGCGGAAAACAAACCCUUACCAAGGAAUACUUGUUCAAAACGAAUCAGAGCCGUGUUCCAAAGAAACUGAAGACUCACAAAAUAAUGACUGUAUUCCAGACUCAGACGAAGAAUUUUUGACACCGCCGUCGCACAACGCAUCUGUUGCUUUGCCCAAGGAUCAGCCAGCUUCAAGUUUUGGUAGUACAAUUUCCGAGCCGGGGAAAUCUUCUGGGGACGCCGAGAAACUCCCUACGAAUUAUGAAAAAUUGCCACCUACCUCGACUACUACGACUAUAGGCGGGAGUCUUUCUACCGACAAUAGUUCCAGCAUAAGCAAGGACAGCCCCAAGGUCACCGCAUUUGAUCUCCCAGCAGAACAAAAUAUCCCUGACAAUAACUUACGAAAGAUACUCGACUACCUUUUCUCAAAUUCAAAAGUAUUGGAGGAAAGACGCGACACUAUCCUCGGGGAGAUCCGGCGCAAUGGCGCAGAUUUCAUGACAGCCAUUAAGGAGAGGUGGCCCAAGGAGGUGCGAAGUCGAAUCAAGAGCGAGAAAGAGUUUCUCCAAAGCCAGCAGAGAGCCGUCCAAGAAAUGAGCGAUGCUUUGGAGUCAUACAAAGUUCUCUGUGAUCGACGGGAAGCUCUGGUCCAAAAAAUCUCACAGUUGUAUGCUGAGGGCGUUGACAUUGACGAUGACGAAACUCGGCUCGACAGUCUGACGGACGAGGUGCAAGGGCAAGAAGAGAGCCUGGCCAAAUUAAUAGUUUGUGCUGGGUUUAAUGGAUCCCAUAUCCCUAUGCUUGCACCGUCCCUUCUUGGCUCGGCGACAAAGGCACAAGAUGAGGUGGUAAUUGGGACACAACCUCGCGGGUCUGCAUUAGCUGGCUCCCCCGACAUCUCAGUGGUUUCGGUUCCGCUUGUUACUGCCUCGACGCAAGUGGUCCAUCAAACCCAGUUAUCUGGCCCUACUCAGCCACCGGUCCACUGGGCGACUAAUGCAGGUGAAGGGAGCGACGCUUUUUCGGAUACGGAAGCCCACUUGCAAGCAUCGCUGUGUGUGCCGAACGAAAAUGCAGCACCGAAUUCCACGUAUCCCGGCUCAGCCCGUCGCGCACACAAUGCCUCUGAUAACUUCAGCGAUUUUAGUGACGACGUCGACAUGCUGGCCUUUGCCGAGGAUUACGAAACUCGCCAAUCCUUUGGAAGUGAACGUACUCCGUCACGCCAUGUCUUCUCGGAAACUUCGGGGAACGUUAUGCCACCACCAAAAUCCAAAACGCUGAAUAAGCGACAAAUUGCGCCGAUAUUGCCUGAGCUGCGAAUCCCGCCGGAGUUGAUGAAACAUGUUUGGUCGCCGGAAGUUCAAAGAAUGCUCAAAGAUCGAUUUAGAAUGAAGGGCUUCCGGCCCAAUCAACUGGAGGCAAUCAAUGCGACUUUGGGGGGUGAAGACGCCUUUGUCUUGAUGCCUACAGGAGGUGGCAAAUCUCUCUGUUAUCAGUUGCCAGCCAUUGUCAAGACGGGAAAGACGCGAGGGGUGACUAUUGUCGUGUCCCCCUUGCUGAGCUUGAUGCAGGACCAAGUCGAUCAUAUGAAAGCCCUUGGCAUACAAGCUGUAGCUUUCAACGGGGAGUGCUCCGCCGAGUACAAAAGGCAAGUCAUGAGCGCGUUUGAAGAACGCAGUCCUGAGCACUUCAUCGAGCUACUUUACGUCACGCCGGAGAUGUUUAGCAAGAAUGUUGCCUUUAACAACGCAAUGCAAACCUUGUAUCGCAAGGGCAAGUUUGCUCGGCUGGUGAUAGACGAAGCUCACUGCGUCAGCCAAUGGGGCCAUGAUUUCAGACCUGAUUACAAAAGCCUCGGGUCAGCUCGAAAGGAGUUUCCACGAGUCCCUAUUAUGGCCUUGACAGCCACUGCCACGCAAAACGUGAUUGUGGAUAUCAAGCAUAACCUCGGGCUGGUCAAUUGCCAAGCUUUUUCGCAAAGCUUCAAUCGUCCAAACCUGUAUUACGAAGUCCGGCCGAAGACGACCAACUCGACCGCGACGGAGAGCAUAGCCGGACUGAUCAAGGCGAAAUACCGCAACGUGACGGGCAUCGUGUACACCAUUUCGAGGAAGCAGGCGGAAGAAGUUGCAAGCCAGCUCAGCGGCCACGGCAUCAAGGCACGUCACUACCACGCUGGGAUCGAUCCUCAGGAAAAGGUCGAGGUGCAAACAGCGUGGCAAAAGGGCGAUAUCAAGGUUGUUGUGGCCACGAUUGCUUUCGGCAUGGGCAUAGACAAACCCGACGUCCGAUUCGUGGUCCACCACGGCAUUCCAAAAAGCUUGGAAGGGUAUUAUCAGGAAACGGGCCGUGCUGGCCGUGAUGGCAAACCGUCUGACUGCAUUUUGUAUUACGGAAAAGCGGACAUAAGGGUCCUGAAAAAGCUGAUUGCAGACGGAGACGGCAACGAGGAGCAAAAGGAACGACAAAUGGUCAUGCUGAACCGCGUCACGGCCUUUUGCGACAACAAAUCGGACUGUCGACGUACCGAGGUCCUUCGCUAUUUUGGGGAGGAUUUCGUGCCAAGCCAAUGCAACAAGGGGUGCGACAAUUGCCAGGCUGGAUUGGUCUUUGAGCAGCAAGAUUUCUCUUCCUACGCCAUUGCUGCUAUACAAGUCGUGGAUGCGCAGCGUCGUCUGACAGCUAAUCAAUGUGCAGACAUCCUGCUCGGCAAGAAGUACCCAAACCACGAAAACAGGCUCUCAGACGAGCAAUUCGGAAUGGCCAAAGGUCUGAAGAAGCACGAAAUGGUUCGCGUCAUUGAUAAGCUAUCGGCCGAGAAGGCUUUCGACGAGAACAACGUGGUGGGAACUCAUGGCGUCGCUAUUCAAUACCUCAAGAUAGGACCGACAGCACGCAUGUUCCUUUCGGGCCAGCGUAAGCUCAUGCUCACGAUCCAAGUAGACGAUGACAAGGUUUCUAGGACAUCCAAGUCAAAGCCAAGGAAACCGGCCAAGAAGAAGGGCAAGGAACCAGACAAUUCAGCCAUGCUGUCGACGUACGUGUCGUCUCCGAUGGAGAGACGGGGGCGGGGAGCACGAAGGAUGGAGAGUGAGGACGAAGAAAAUAUGCCGAGAACGGCGCUGGGCUAUGCGAAUGAUGGUUUUGUUGUUUCGGACGAGGACGAAGAAGCUUUUGAGCCUCUGCCGAAACGUGGUCGGGCCAACCCCCCGGCGAAGAACAAAAAACCUCCACCACUACGUCCUGGGCCUCCCAUUGUGACCAACAGGACCAUGGAAGACUUGUGCGAGGUCCAUCAAGAUCUGGUCAAUGGUUUUGUGCGAGAAGCUCGAAAGAUGGAGGAGCAUAUCCGCAACAAGAAGGAACUCCGACGCCCCUUGUUCACCGAGAGGGAUUUCCGAGAAAUGGCCAUCAACUGGACCGUGUCUCUGGACAGGAUGAUGCGCAUUCCCGGGGUAGAUGCCGAGAAGGUGCAGGAGCACGGGCCCAAGCUGCUGCCUGUUCUCAAGCGCCAUCAUGAUCUGUACCAGCAAAUCGUCGAGGCCGGUGACGGUGGGCAAGAUGAGCAGCAAGUUGUCGACCUGGUUAGCUCUGAUUUGGAGGCAGCUGACGAGGAUGUCAACUCGGAGCACGGGGAAGGAGAGGUUGACUCUCAUUACUUUGCACCAAAGCCCCGGCCCGAGGUGGAAGCGUUUCAUAGCAGACUCGAAGGACUCAGCAGCCAGCAACAGGGACAAACGAACCAGUCGUCCAGACCCAGGUCAUGGAAUCCUCGAGGCGGCGGCGGCGGCGGCGGCAAAAAGUUUUCCGCGGGCAAGAAAUGGCCUCGGAAGACAUCGGGAGGUGGGGUUCCCAGGCGCAAGUCUAAUUCCAACUCUUUGACGAAUCGAAAGGCAAGCGGCUCGUCUGCAGCACCAAGAUCAGCCACUACGGCAAGGGGAGGCGGGCCAAAACGAGACGGGAGGAUAGCCAAGAAGAGCGGAGGGGGGAUUGGUUUGAUGCCGUUGUGA